ACCGCCUCCCCCUCCCGCCCUCUCUACCUCUGGGCGGGACUGGCGGGUGAUGAGAUACUCGGGCGGCGACAGGGGAAGGGGCGACGGCAACGGCAACUGCAAUCACAUCCACAACCGUGACCAUGGCCGAGAAUCACGCCCAGAAUAAAGCCAAGCUCAUCUCUGAGAUCCGACGGAGGUUCGAAGCCGAGUAUAUAACAGAUAAGUCAGAUAAAUAUGAUCCACGUGAUGUUGAAAGGCUACAACAAGAUGAUAACUGGGUUGAAAGUUACUUACACUGGAGACACGAUAAUGUAGAUGAAACACUGAAGAUGCUUGAUGAGAGUUUUCAGUGGAGAAAAGAAAUUUCUGUCAAUGACCUUAACGAAUCCUCCAUUCCCAGAUGGUUAUUGGAAAUGGGUCUUAUUUAUCUCCAUGGUUAUGACAAAGAGGGUAACAAAUUGUUCUGGAUCAGGGUGAAGUAUCAUACAAAAGACCAGAAAACCAUACCGGACAAAAAAAAGCUCAUAGCAUUCUGGUUAGAACGUUAUGCUAAGAGAGAAAAUGGGAAACCUGUAACAGUGAUGUUUGACCUGUCAGAAACUGGAAUAAAUAGCAUCGACAUGGACUUUGUACGCUUUAUCAUCAACUGCUUUAAGGUUUAUUACCCUAAAUACCUCUCAAAAAUAGUGAUCUUUGAUAUGCCUUGGUUAAUGAACGCUGCUUUCAAAAUUGUGAAAACCUGGCUUGGUCCAGAAGCAGUAAGUUUGUUGAAGUUUACAAGCAAAAAUGAAGUCCAGGACUAUGUCAGUGUAGAAUACCUGCCUCCACAUAUGGGUGGAACUGAUCCUUUCAAGUAUAGCUAUCCACCACUAGUAGACGACGACUUCCAGACACCGUUGUGUGAGAAUGGGCCUAUUACCAGUGAGGAUGAAACUUCAAGUAAAGAAGAUAUAGAAAGCGAUGGUAAAGAAACCUUGGAAACAAUUUCUAAUGAAGAGCAAACAACUCUUCUAAAAAAGACUAACCCAACUGAAUCUACUUCAAAAGCAGAAGAAAAUGAAAAAGUUGAUUCAAAAAUAAAAGCUUUCAAGAAACCAUUGAGUGUGUUUAAAGGACCCUUAUUACACAUCAGCCCAGCAGAAGAACUGUAUUUUGGAAGUACAGAAUCUGGAGAGAAGAAAACUUUAAUAGUGUUGACAAAUGUAACUAAAAAUAUAGUGGCAUUUAAGGUGAGAACAACUGCUCCAGAAAAAUACAGAGUCAAGCCAAGCAACAGCAGCUGUGAUCCGGGUGCAUCAGUUGAUAUAGUUGUGUCUCCCCAUGGGGGUUUAACAGUCUCUGCCCAAGACCGUUUUCUGAUAAUGGCUGCAGAAAUGGAACAGUCAUCUGGCACAGGUCCAGCAGAAUUGACUCAGUUUUGGAAAGAAGUUCCUAGAAACAAAGUAAUGGAGCAUAGGUUAAGAUGCCAUACUGUUGAGAACAGUAAACCAAACACUCUUACAUUAAAAGACAAUGCUUUUAACAUGUCAGAUAAAACCGGUGAAGAUAUAUAUCUACAACUCAGUCGUUUACUAGAAAGCAAUAGGAAGCUUGAAGACCAAGUGCAGCAUUGUAUCUGGUUCCAGCAGCUGCUUCUUUCCUUAACAGUGCUCUUGCUUGCUUUUGUCAUCUCUUUCUACAAUUUCCUAUAGAGUUAAAGAAGUGGUACCUGGUAGGAAACACAGCUCCUUCAUCUAUUAGUUGGAAAAAGUAACAGACCCAAAAAUUCUCCAUCAAGCUACUAAAAGUAUUGCACAUCUGGGCUUCCUAAAAGGAAAUGUGCAGCACCUAGCGGGGAACACAUAUAUGUCUUGAAAAUAAACUGUUAGAAUAAAGAAAUGCUGGAGAAAUUGAUUAUAGGAGACUAUAGCUAUUUAGUAAAGUAAGUAAAGGCAUAUCCAUUGUGUAAAUUAAUAGUUUAAAUAUAAUUUAUUUUUUCCUUUUGAUUUGAAUACUUUUAAAGCUUAAGUUUUAUCAUGUAAAUAGAUUAGCUGAACUGAAAAGUAUAAGUAACAUGCUUUGUUGCAGCCAAAAAAUGUAGUCUGCUUUUUUAUGACAGAAUUAUUAUAGCUGAGCCAACUUACUAGCUUUUCUAUACUAUGUAUAUAGAAGAACAUGUAUAUUGAAAAAAAAACAUACAGAGGAAUUUAUGUAAUCAUAACUUUGUAAUUUUGAGAAUUACUUCCAGAUGAUAGUCAAUAUUCUUUUGGAAUGUAAACCUAUUUAAUGCCAAACCACCUUAGCCUUUGUUUCUCAGUGUUCCUCAACAGCCUGCCUUUUAUUAAUCUCGGGCUUUUUUAUGAACACUCUCAUUUUGAAUAGAAUUUGGCAAACUAAGUGUGGUUGGAUUUUCUUCGAAUUCGGUUAGUAAUGCCCAGAAGGAAAGUCUCUCCAAGCAGUCCCCCUUCCCAGUCAUUUUUAUACACCUUGCUGUUGUCCACUAUCCCUGCCUGGACACUGAACCUUUUGCCUAAUUUAUUAUAAAGGCCUGAUCCUGUGUUGUUCCAUUCUCACCUUCAUUCCAGAGCAGAGGAAUGUCUCUGUGGACAAUGAAUCGGACUGUCUUCACCCUCACGUCUAAGUGAAAGGUGUCAUAUAAAAUUUUUUGAAAAGUUAUUUUUUCGAGAUGCUAAGCAGGAUAAUUUAGGUUUCAAAUGUUCCUUGUUAAAAAUCAGCCAUGAAAAGGAAACUUACAAAAGACUAGAGUGUCUAUAAAAGUGAAAAGAAAAAAACAAAAACAUACAAGCUCAAGUGUCAGCUCUCCAUUUUAAAAAAUGAAAAAUAUACUCACAAUGAACUGCAAAACCUUCAGCCCAGGACUAAUUGACUUACUUGAUAUUCUGCCUUGGAUACGGUAAUACUUACCCACUGUGGUUCCUAAAUUCCUAAAAAGAUACACCUUGCAGUAGCAGAGGCUAAUAAAAUUAGUUUGUUUUCUCAUAUGACCAGUUUCAGUCCAUGUUGGUUCAUGUGUACGUCUACUUUAUCUGAAAGAAAAAAAUAGUCUGCCUGUAAAAUAAAUUUUGAGUUUCAAUUGA